ACUGUUUAAAUCGUCAAAAUAUGUUCAAAACAGUUUAAAAUCAGUUUAAAAAUACAGCUGUUUUGGUAAGGGUAAUGUCACAAUCCCAAAAUAUAAGCACCAAAUGCGGAAUUCUACGGAAAACGUCAGAUCUCCAUGACUGUCAGAUUAUAUCAUACAUUUUCAAGAAACAUUACCUCGGUUGUCAACCGACAUGAACAGAAACUUACAAUACCAUUACACUUACUAAAUAACGUGCCACGAAGAAACACUGUGGCCAGUUUACUCUUUGAAUAAUUGAUCUAUUCUACCAGCUGAUAAACUCGUUAGAAGGCAGCAAACUCCGUGAUAGAUUUUAGGAUCAUUUGUCAGUGGCAAAACCAGUGCAUUGUUUGCAGUACAGCUCGUGAAUUUGCAUAGGUUGCCCUUGUUUAAAAUUUCAACUUCAGAAAUUGUAGUUACAGAUCAGAGGUCAGAUUUUAAUUUUUGGCAUGCGAAUAAUAGCAAAGCGAUCGAAAACGUCAGCUGUUUUGAUCAUGAAUUGUUGUCAGUUGAAGCACAAGGUCAAACUGGGGGUGUGACGGCCGUUUUCCAUUUCUGCGAGGACAUCUCAGCGAGUUUACAGUUUUACUACAGUACUAAGGAGUGCUCCUAACAAGAAUGGAAUCCAUCAUAGAGAAAAUACGCGAGGCUGAAGACAUCGCUGAUGUAAUCGAGUUAAUGCAGAAUUUGAAUAUUCCAACCAAAGGCUGUAAAAACGUUGAUCAAAUGAGAGAAAGGAUUUUCGAACAUCUACUUAAGCGGAAAGACAACCAUCUAGCUUCUAACGAGGCCUUUAAGGUGAUAUCAGAUGCACGAUCCAUGGACAGAAACAAAUCCCUCGAUCUCCUCAGGUAUUAUGCUGAGGUUCAAAGAGAAGUAACAGGGCUUGAUGACUCGUUUCUUAAUUUGCUUAAAGCAAGUGAGGGCGACGUACUCUUGAAAAUGAGAUCAAGAAUGGAAAGAAUGGAAAGUAGAGACUAUGUUGUCCUUGUAGCAGGUGAGACAAGUGCCGGUAAAAGUAGCAUGCUAAACUUAAUUCUUGGAGAGGAGCUUUUGCCGUUUUCGGUUUUAAGUACAACAUCUACAAUUUGUGAAUUGAAGUAUGGAAAGGAACGCCAGAUAAAGAUACACUACAAGGAGGCAGGGAAAGAACCCAAGAUAAAAUACCUUGAUGAAUCCUCCUCCUACACGGAUCAAAUCUCAGAGUUCGUUCACGUCAAAUCGCCAACCUUGAGAGAAAAAGCAUCCGACUACAGCAAGGUGGAGCUGUUUUGGCCUCAAAAAUUAUUACAGGAUAAAAUAGUAAUUGUUGACAGUCCUGGUGUUGGAGAAUCAGAGAUUAUGGACGACAUCGUCGUUAGGUAUUUGCCAAAUGCCUUUGCCUUCAUUUACGUCAUCAAUAGUGGCAAUGCUGGAGGUGUUCAGAAGGAUCGACUCGUGCGACUGCUUCACAAGACAAGGCAACUGACAACUGAACAAAUGGAAUUUUCACCAGACUGUACUUUGUUUGUUUGCAACAAAUGGGACAACAUCCCACCUGAUGAAGUAAGUGGCGUCAUCGAGCACAUUGAGAAAAAGCUCAGACAGUGCCUGCCAGAUAUUGACACCGACACUCAGAUCAUUCGCCUUUCAACUACAAAAGCCUUGACGGCGCAGAAGUUUGGAAUCAUGAAUGCAGAGUUUGCCUCGCUUACAGAGGCUAUUGGCUCUUUAGUAGCGAAAAGCAUCCAAGCGCGACUUGAACGAAAUUGGAGGUGGCUCGAUCAGUUGCUUUAUCGAAUCAUUUGGAUGAUGAAGUCCUUCUUAGACAAUGUCAACUCCGACCAUGAGGCUGCAACGCAGAGAUUAACCCACGUGAUAGAAAGACUGAGGAAGCUUCAAGCCGAACAGGAAUCGUCAAAAGAGGACCUUAAAAGGUGUCUUGUCCGUGAGACUGCCCAGGCCAUUGCAGUUUUGAUCAACUACUUGAAAAGUGAUGAGGUGAUUGAAAGUUUUUGCAGAUGGAGCUCAGAUGAACUUCCAGAUGUCGAGGGAUCAUGGGAAGUUACUGAAUCAGCAAUCAUGAAGCUCAUCCAGACCAGACUGCAGACACUGAUUGAAGAAUGGGAGGGAGAGCAACAGCACUUUGCAAAGGCUCGCAAAUCAGUGGUCACUUUUUUUCUAAGG